AUGGACGCCUCUGGACGACUCCGAGAGAGGAACGUCAGAGAAAAAACAAUAAAGGGCCACGCUUCCCCAGACUCAAUUCCAAGACGGGAAACGGGGGAGAAAAGGACAGAUAGAUUAAGGCGUACCCGGACGACUCCGAGGGGUAACGCCGGAAAACAGCAAGAGUACCACAAUUUCCCCGGACACGCUCCGC